GCACCAAAAGCGUUUCCCCUCAUGGCGAGAUCGACGGUGAGUGGGGACGCCUUUUCUUCCGAGAGCGUUCCAGGUCCCUAUGUCGACGAGACGUUGCCUCGGGGAGGGUCUCCGUCUUCCUCUCUGGAGUCUCUGACGGACCGACUGCUGUCGCUGGACUUGCCUUCCCUCGGCGCGUUCCUGAAGCGCUUCAGCGAAGACCCGCGUCUCCUGCUUGCUCUGCGCCUGCCCGUGAACGCACGACCGGGACCUGGCGCGCCUGCCGCAGCCGCCGGCGAGGGAGACUCAUCAGCGGUUGCGUCGGUCGCGGCGAUGCCUCUGGAGUUCCACCAACUCUACUCGUCCAUCGACUGCCUGCUGAUGAUCUACGAGACCCAGGCACUGCAGCUGUACAGCCGCAGUUAUCCGCAGAUGGUUGACUUGCAGGAGCAGCUGAGGGAGAGCGAAACGGCUCUCGAAGCCUUGGAGGCGAAGCUCACGGGCAUCCGCGGCGACUUGCGGCGGACGGGAGAGAAGAUCCAAGUGGUGGAGGACGAGAGCAUUCGCCUCGGGACCAUGAUGACGAACCGCAGAGAGGCAGGCGUCGUGCUCAAAACCUUUCUGCAGCAAAUCACAGUCGAACGGGACCUGGUUAAGGUCAUUUGCGAGGGAAGCGUAGCGGGAGGUGCCUUCGUUGCCGCCUUGAAGCAACUCACCAAGAAAAUCGAGCACGCAAAACAACCUGGAAUGCAGGAACUCAAGAGUGCGUCGACGAGUUUGCCCGAGCUACAAAAGCUUCGCGAGUGCGCGUUGUCUCGGGCGUCCUCCCACCUUGCUGCAAAGAUUGCGCUUCUUCGACAGCCGCGAACGAACGUACACAUCAUUCAGCAGAACGACCUUUUGAAGUCCUCGGAGUUGUUCACCUUUCUUCUCGACCACAACCCGUCGGCUGCGCUCGCGUUCAAGGACCUGUACACGCGGACGAUUUCGCAGGUGUACGCGAACCUGUUUCGGGUGUACGUUCAGCAGCUCCGGAGGCUCCAGACGCAGCGAGACGGAGUCGCUUUCGGUGCAGGGGGCGUCGGACCCUCUUUGACCGGCACUGCGGCAGCUGCCCUCGUUGGAGGAGGAAUGGGAGAAGAAGUGGAGCUCCUGGCCUCCAGAGAAAACACCAAGACAGCCUCGACGUUGGCGUCUUCGGCUAAGCAAGUGAUGGACUUUAUGAUGGCGAAGCUGAACAACGCAACGCCGAAUUCGUCGAUGUCCAAGGGCUCUGUUUUCUGGUCGCACCAGAAGCUCCUCAUCGACACGGCUACGCGCGAGUUUCUGUUCCUCACGGGCUUCUUCUUGAAUGCAGGCCUGGCGUGUCACUACGAGAACCUUUUUGCGGAGGCUCUCGGGAAGUCUCUCGCGUACUUUGUAGAUCUCGUGGAAACGACGGCGAACUCGACUCACGAUGCCAUCGAAGUGCUCCUCAUGCUGCGCAUAACCCACUUCAACGCGCAGGUGAUGAAGAGACGGCGCAUCCCCUGCUUAGACCAUUACCUCAAACGCAUUCACGACAUUCUCCACUCUGCAUUGAAGGCAAUUCUCUCCGCUAAUGUCACCUCUCUCCUCAACGCCUGUCCUCACUCUCUCAUGCUCCAUCAGAGCGACGACGUUCGCCUCCAUCCGCAUUUCGUCACGCGUCGCUUCGCAGAACUCGCCUCCGCUCUAGAAGCCAUUCGCGCUGUCCGCGUCCGCACCAAGCAGACGCCUGCAUGCGGCGGGCACAGUGGAAAAGGAGACGAGGGAGACGCUGAGGAAGAGCAGCUAUUCGACUUGGCGCUCAUGCGCGAGAUGCUCGACGCAGCCCUCGACCUCAUCGUCCGGCUGUCUCAGGAGAUCCCGACACGGCGCGAAAGAACGAUUUUCCUCAUCAACAAUUAUGACCUUCUCCUCAACAUCUUCCACCAACGCCAAGUUCUCCCCGACGGAUGCACGGCAAUCGAGAAGCAACUCUACGAGCAAAUUUCCUUCUUCGCCGACGAACAACUGCAGAGACAUUUUGGCACUCUCCUCGCUGCCGUCAUUCAAGCAGAAGAAGCUCUGCAGCAAUCUGGAGCAGAAGGAAAAACUGCCAGCGACCGUGUAGAUGUGCAACAACUCGAAAAUGCCGUGGUGCAGUUUGGUGCGGAGUGGAAGCAGAGACUUGGCGAAAUGCAUGCAGAGGCAGUUGCGGCUUUUUCGAAUUUCACAAAUGGAAUGGAAAUCCUAAAGCAGACUCUGACGCAGCUGCUGCUGCUCCACACACGCCUUCAUCAAGUCGUUGGCGGCUUAUAUUCGAAGCCGUCGUUGCCUCCGUGGGCGAAGCAGUUGUUGCCAACGAGUGCAAUUUUGUCAGAAAUUCGUUCUCUUUCUCGAGCCCUUUAA